AUGUCGUCAAUGUCGCGGCUGCAGCGCCUGCGCCUGCGCCUCGGCCGCUCACUAGACCUUCCCAAAAUCCGCCCGAUGCGCACCCCUUUGACCGCGUUCAGACGCCAAUCGUCGCUGCAGUGCCAACCGCGGCCCAUUCAUAUUCCGACGCGAUGCUACAACUCAGUCCCGCCCCCGCCGCCCCCACCACUCCCGCCACCCCCGCUAGGCCCGCGACCCACCAACAGGCUUCUCCACAGAGCAGAUGGGACGCCGCGCUCCAAGCUGGCGGGGCUCGCAAUAGCCGCCGCCGCGACGCUCGCCUUCCUCCUGUACGAAGCCCUCGCCGUGAUCGACGAGCUCGACCACGGCAUCCACCUCCUCGCGGCCCUCCUGCACGUCCAGCGCGCCGACUACCGCCUCUUCGCCGCCACCGACCUCUCCGACCCUCCCCAACUACUGCGGCUCUACCGCGCCCUCCAAGCGGCGGUCAACCCCGCGCUGGAGGACAUAUACGGCGAAGUGGAUAAACUGCUGCUGCUGCGCGAAGGCGAUGAAGAUGGAGAUGAAAAUGCGGGUAACGAUAAGGAGGUAUAUGAGGAGGUUUAUGAGGAGGUGUGUGCGGUGCUGAGGGACGCGUGCGCGGGCGUGCACGCGAUUUUGCACGAUCCGCUCGAAGAGGCGCACGAGCUUGCGGCGGCGGCGAAGAUCGUGGGCCUGCUGGACCAGUCGUGCGCGGAGCUGCUGGGGAUCCUCCGGCGGCGCGCGGAGGCAGAAGUGGCUGCACAGACGGAGGCGCAGGCGAGUGCGGGUGUGGGAGUGAGGGAUGUGGGGGAGAGGGAUGUGGGUGUGGGGCAUGCGGCCGAUUCGCGGCGGCGGACGGCGGGGGAGGAGGUAGGGGAGGCAGGGGAGGAGUACGAGGUGGUUGGGUAG